UAACAAAAUUGAUAAUUAAUACAAUAGUAUGAUUAUUUUAAUCCAUAUUAAUAUAUAUUUACUGCAAAAUUAUAUUUCAUUUUGUUUAAGUAAAUGAAAGCAACUUUACGAACAGAUAAUUUGUGUUAUCUGAUUAGGCCCCAAAGAUCAGGUGAAUAUAUGGGGAGAGACCAGAAGAGAACCAUUCUUACUGAGUCAGUAUGGUUAGUACAUGAUUUAGUAGCGCUUGGACCGUUGCAAGUAAAGCGUGUGUCCAUUUGUGUCGCUUCGUGAAUAAGAAAAAUCAUCUGUAUAUUAUAUAGAAACUUCAUUGUAAUAUAAAAGGACAUAUCCUCAGCAUAAAAUGGUUUUAGAAGAUUACAAGGAAAUUGUAGGAACAUGUGCUUCGAUAUCAACAAUAGGCCAAAUGUUCGCCGGAACAUUGAUAUGCAGAGACAUUUACAAAAAAGGAUCUGCAAAAGGAUUUGAUCCCAUGCCGUUUCUAGGAGGUACAGGAAUGUCUAUUCUGAUGCUUCAGUAUGCACUAAUUCUUGGAGAUUCUGCUAUGAUUGUUGUCAAUGUUUUUGGCUUGUUAAUAAAUUUAGGGUAUAUUAUAUUCUACAUGUUGUAUGCACCUGAGAAAGGUGAUGUACUUGCAUUGAUAGGCAAAGCUGUGGCCUUUGUAGCAAUAUUCAUUGGAUAUGCACAAUGGGAACAUAAGGAUAACAUAGAAUUCCGAUUUGGAAUUAUCAUUACAGUUCUUUUAUUCCUUUUGAUUGCAUCACCACUCUUUCACCUUGGAGAAAUUAUGCGAACUAAGAGUACAGCUAGUCUUCCAUUCCCAUUGAUCUUCAUGGGAACACUAGUCACGUUUCAAUGGUUGCUUUAUGGUUUAAUAAUUGACAAUGGUUUCAUUAUUUUCCAAAAUGCAGUAGGAUUCACGUUAUCGGCAGCACAACUGUCACUCUUCGUAAUUUACCCCUCAAAAGCAACAGACUCUAUAAAAGAGGAGGAUAAGAAAAAAUAAAAUGUAUAAUAAAAAUUCUUGAAGCGUUAUUAUAUAUAUAUAUAAUUGUGAA